GACGCAAGGACGCCGCGGCGGCGCUCGGCCCGCCCUCCCUUCCCCUCCCGGGGGCGGAAGAGGAAGAGCCUGAGGCGGCAAAAUGGCGGAGGCCUCCCCUCAGCCGGGCCGCUUCUUCUGCCACUGCUGCUCGGCCGAGAUCGCCCCGAGGCUGCCGGACUACAUUUGCCCAAGGUGUGAAUCUGGUUUCAUAGAAGAGCUUCCGGAAGAGUCUAGGAACGUUGAGAACGGCUCCAGCUCUUCGGCGUCGACCAGCGACCAGAACCGGCACCCGUUUGAGAAUGUGGACCAGCAGCUCUUCACCCUGCCGCAGGGCUACGGCCAGUUCACCGUCGGGAUCAUCGACGAGAACUUUGAGUUCCCGGCCUUCGGGCCCAACGCCCAGCCGGAGGACAACCGGGACGCCGAGAACCGGCGGGAGCGGGAGCACCAGUCCCGGCACCGCUAUGGGGCCCGGCAGCCCCGGGCACGCUUCACCGCACGGAGGACCGCCGGCCGGCACGAGGGGGUCCCCACGCUCGAAGGAAUCAUCCAGCAGCUGGUCAAUGGGAUCAUCGCGCCAACCACGAUACCGAACCUCGGGGUGGGGCCCUGGGGGGUCUUGCAUUCGAAUCCCAUGGACUACGCCUGGGGGGCCAAUGGCUUGGACGCCAUUAUCACGCAGCUCCUGAAUCAGUUUGAAAACACAGGCCCCCCUCCCGCCGACAAAGAGAAAAUCCAGGCGCUUCCCACUAUCCAUAUAACAGAAGAGCAUGUAGGUUCCGGGCUGGAGUGCCCCGUCUGCAAGGAGGACUACGAAGCCGGGGAGAGUGUCCGGCAACUCCCCUGCAACCACCUUUUCCACGACGGCUGCAUCGUCCCCUGGCUGGAACAACAUGACACGUGUCCCGUGUGCCGGAAAAGCCUCAGCGGACAGAACACCGCAACGAACCCGCCGGGACUUUCGGCCAUGAAUUUUGCCGCCGCCUCGUCGUCGUCGUCGUCUUCCUCCUCGUCCUCCAGUUCGCCGAGCAACGAGAACUCGGCCAACAACUCCUGAAGAGGCGGCACUGCGAUGGAACCGGCGGACGAGACCACGGCGUCGCUCCGGUCCCUUUUUUUUUUUUUUUUGUUUCCUUUCCUCGUUGUCCGACGAUAUCACGGGCUGCAAAACCUCCUCCGGAAACCCCUUUUUUCCUCCCCGCAUCCCGCGUCCCGUCGCGAGAAUGCGAGAAUUUUGUUUGCCGGCGGCCGUUAAACACCGAAUGUUUCGUACCAAAGCGGUUGGGAGCCGUACGGAGGAGUUCUCGAAGUUUUUAGGACUUUAUUUCGCAACCCACCCCUCGUUUUGACCAAUCGCUUCCCCUCCGUUUUCUCGCGCCCUGGAAAUUUUCUCGCGCCCCGCCUCCCUCCCUUCCCGGUGGGUUUUUUCGACAUUGUCGGGGAGUCAGAUUUUCCGUUGUUUAGAAGCGACGCCCCGUCUCCCGUGUCCGCCUUCCUUGGUUCGGUCUCCUCUCUCUCGCUCGUUCGACGCGGAGGAAAACAAAAGGGGUUUUUAUAAUUUUAAAUUAUUAUUACCGCUGUUAAAUAAAUGGACAUUUCAGCUCGGAA